UAACAGUAGUGAGUAGAGUACUUAAAAAAAUGGCAGAAUUUGAUGAAGUUGAUGGAGUCAGUGAUGAAGAAGUUGAAGCGAUGACAGCUGGUCAAGUACUUCAGAAGCUGGAGGAGGCUUGGUUGAAUGAAAAAUUUUCUCCAGAACUGUUGGAGUCCAAAACAGAUUUAGUAGACUGUAUGUUAGAGCAAGUUACAGAAAUGGAAGAAAACAUCAAGAGAGCAAAGAAAGGUGAUUUCAAAGUUGUGCUUCAUAGGAUGGAGAUAGACAGAAUUAGAUAUGUCCUUAGCAGUUAUCUUAGAUGCCGGUUGAAGAAGAUUGAGAGAUACACAAACCAUAUCUUGGAGCAGGAGAGUAAUAGACAAGACGAUGAUGUCUGCCAUCUUUCACCAGAGGAAUUCACAUUUGCUAAAGAGUAUGCAGCUACUAUGGAAACACAUAUGAAGAAUUUGGUUCUACGACACAUGCCACCAAAUCUGCAAGCCAUGGAUGCAAAGCAAACAACGAUUCGGCCAAAUCUAGACAGUUACGUAUUCCUGAGGGUAAAUGAAGAUACUGACGGAGUCCUGGUGGAGGAGGAGACACUAGACACAGGAGAGGAGAUUGUGGAUUUACAGAAGGAAGAUCAGCAUAUAAUGAGAUACAAACCACUGUCUGCCCUCGUCAUGUCUGGAGCUGUGGCGCUAAUCUGACUUAUACAUAAUAACUGUAUUGUAGUUAUAUACUGUGGUAUUUAGAGGUAUUUUCUGGCAUGUCUUGGAUUCUUAUUGUGAGAAAUGAUGCCAAGUCAGUUUCACAUCAAUGGAAGUGUAAGCUGUAAUCACGAGACAGACAAACUGGUACCCCUUCUCAGUAUUCUGUCCGGAAACAAGGACAUCAAAUACUGUCUGGAAACAAGGACAUCAAAUACUGUCCGGAAACAAGGACUUUUUUUCUGGAAAUGAAGAAAUUGAAAGGUCCACCUGAAGUGAUUGUUUUUCUACAGGGAAAGAAAGUAUACAGUAGAUAUUUUAUCUCCUGGAAUAUUUCAUUUAUUUAUUUUAAAUUUCAGUAUGAUAGGCGUGUAAACACCCAAAGUUGAAAUCAUUUAAUAAACAGACUACUAAAGUUUGUAGGAUGAAUAACAAAGAACUCUGAUAUUGCAUUAAGUAUAGUAUCAUUGAUAUUUAACAUACUUUAAGAUUUAAGAAAAAAAACAACAAUCUAAAUAAAACUUAUACAUGUAAUAUAUACUGGCAUGCAGUAGCGUGACAUGAUUGAUUUUGAAAAUGUCGAAGAGGGAAUAACUCCU